UGCAUCAUUGACCAUGUAAAAAAGCAGCACAACAUCCCAUCCAGCAUUCUUUCUAUCAUGUAUGGUGACCUUAAGUUGCUGAUUUACAGCUUCAUGCAAUGCUAAGCUGCCCGCCACCAAACGGACUCCCUUGGCGGUCAUGAGCUAAUGCACGAGGCGCUUUGUGAUUGUGGAAAAGAGCUUCUCUAGGGAACAAUCCCUUGUUAGACAGCAAUGUCCUUAAAACCCGACAAGUCUGAUGGAAGCAGACUCUCCCCUGAGCCAUGGAAGUCCUCAGAUCCUUGGGGACUGAAGCCGUCUCAGCAUGGAGCACCACCAGGUGCUUAUCCAUCAUCGCCAAAUGCUCAAGAUGCUCGGUUUAUAGCACCUCAGUCGCUGUCUGCCGCCGUCCGCGCUCGCAAGAGUGAUUAUGUCCGGAAGAGGUCGAUGAAAAUCAAGAUUGGUAGCUGGAAUGUGGCCUCGAUCAGUGGCACAGAGAAGGACUUAGGCGCCUGGUUUAUUGGAGGUAACGGAGUGAGGGGUCUGUCUCAAAAUUUGUCUGGCGCAAACCUCGACGAUGACGACGAUGGUGACUCUGACAGUGACGAGCACAUUGAGUCAAUCGAGUCUCAGGAAGCCCGUACCAGGAACGAGAAAAAGAAGACCACCGUGCCAAAGCACGAUGUGCCAGGCGAGCCCAAUGGUGAAGACAUUGACCUGUACGUCCUGGGGCUACAAGAGGUCAUUGAUGUGUCUUCCAUGACCGAAGCAAUUCGGCCAUACACUGAUCCCAAUCCUGGCAAAAAGUGGAAACGAGCCUUGAAACGAGCUCUUCCCCGUGGUUAUAAGAAGGUUGCAGAAGAGCAGCUUCUCGGGCUACUUCUCUUGAUUUACGCCUCGCCAGAAGUAGCUCCUUCUAUCAGCUCCGUGAGCACAACGUCUGUCGGAACUGGGUUGAUGGGUUAUCUCGGGAACAAAGGUGCAGUCUCGGCCAGACUCAUGCUGGCUGAGUCGACGCGCCUGUGCUUUGUCAAUUGCCAUCUGGCGGCAGGAGCUGACCUGACUGCCUUGAAUCGCCGUAUAUGGGACACAACUCAGAUCCUAAAUCGUACUCGAUUUGCGCCUGUCAGUACAGACGGGGAGGGCACCUUUGGCGGGGAAGAAAAGAUUGGCGAUGAGGAUCUCGGGUUUUGGUUCGGUGAUUUGAACUAUCGACUGGAUGACAUUCCAGGCGAAGACGUUCGAAGGCUGUUAUUAUUGCACACUCGAAACGAAUAUGACGUGGAGAACAAGUCAAAACGACGGAUUGACAGCGAGCUCGGCUACGUGAGCCCUCCUCCAGGUGAUUCUUCGAAACAGGAGAAUACACACUAUGAGAUAAGUGAUGUUGAGAGACCUGCAACUGCGAGCGAUGCUGAGCCUCCACUCGAUCCCAAAUCCGACCCUGCCUCUCUUCAUGUCACUCUCCAAUCGCUCUUGGCACAUGACCAGCUUAAACAUCAGCAGAAACUUCGGAAAGCAUUUCACGAAGGCUGGCGGGAAGGCGAAAUCAACUUUUUGCCAACCUACAAAUACGACGUGGGCAGCGUGGGCAUGUUUGACUCGGGAGAGAAGAAGAGAAGCCCCAGCUGGUGUGACCGUAUCCUCUAUCGCACUCGUCAUGACAUAGAGUUGUACGAGGAAAAAGCGAAACAACUCGAAGAAGCUCGCAAAAAGGAUGAAUCCAUGAAAGCUCGCGGGAUCGACCAAGCCAGUGCUGAGCAGGAUGUUUUGUUUGACUAUGAUCCAGAUGCCGACGGUAUGGCCUACGGUGAUGAUUAUGACGAAUACGACGAACGUGACGAUGCCCGUAAUGACGCCGAGUUAGUCCGUACGCAUGAAGACUAUGGCGACAUGAUUGAACUCAACAACUAUAUCUCGCACCAACGGGUGUUAUCUUCAGACCACAAGCCGUUAGAUGCUGUAUUCACUGUGACUUACGAUGCAGUCAUACCGGAGCUGAAAGCGAAAGUACACCAUGAAGUGGCUCGAGAAUUUGACAAAGCCGAGAACGAAGGCCGUCCUGCAUUGACAGUGGUAGUUGAUCACCACUCCGAUGAACAGAACUCGAAUGCUGACGGUUCGGCAGACAUGAAUGCCGUAAGCUUCGGUGAUGUUCGUUAUGCUUUGAGAAAGACGAGGGCGAUCACCGUAGCAAACACUGGACAGAUCACAGCGUCCUUUUCUUUUGUCGAGCGGCCUGCGGGACCAGAGAAUGAGGCUUCAAUAGCACCACCAUGGCUGGAAGUGAGGGCCGAUCCAGAGAUAAUGCAACAGCCAGUCAAAGGCCGCCAUGACCCGAGAGGACCUAUGAGCCUACUUCCUGGGGAAACAACAACAGUCGAACUGAUAGUCGACAUCACUGAAGGCGAGCUAGUGAAAGCACUGAACUGGGGAGAGGAGGAACUUGAUGACAUAUUGGUGCUUAGAAUCGAGAAUGGACGGGAUCAUUUCGUUCCCGUAAAAGGAACAUGGCUACCCUCUGCCUACUUCCGCUACCUUGGGGAGUUGGUGCAGGCGCCCGAGGGCGGUGCACGUAAACUGCAGCUGCGAACAUAUUCAGGACACAAUGAUCAGGCUUUUGCAGGACAACACUCUGCGCCUAAGGAGCUGUAUGUUCUUACCGAAAUCAUUCCUGUAUAUGUCGAACGCUCGGUUGCAGAAUGGGGAAUGCUUCAUGACCGGGACACUCCACCUUGGCAAUAUGAGAAUGUGGGCAUCUAUUGGCCGUUCUACAAGGAAACCUGGACCUUCCAUGAAGGCGAUGAGCGUUCAGAUAUGCUAGCAUCAGUCCGUGAGGCACUUGACACAGCAAGUCCACUCGAAGCCAGUCUCCACGCUGACGUGCCCUGUAUUGUAAGACUGGAAGUCCUGGUCGAGGUAUUGGUAUCGUUCCUCCAGUCUUUGCAAGACGGCAUUAUCCCUGCAGAGGUGUGGUCCGAGGUUGAACGUCGCCUGUCAAGCAUGGAAAAAGCGAAGGUCCAGCCUCAACCAGAAGGCCUUCAAGAUAUGAUCAUGGAUCCCUUGUCGCAUCAUCCCAUCCACAGCGUGUCUUUCACGUUCAUUACGUUCUUGUUGACCCGGCUCAUCAAUGAACUUGUCCCUUGCGGGAUCCCAAUUUCUGGCCCAAUUACACAUUCGACCUCUCCUGACCCUUCAAGACGCUCACGAGCGUCAACCAUGUCUUCUGAAUCGGGGAAAGAACCGUCAAUAUACUCAGAGGAAGCACUGCCGGGCAAGAAAGGGUUGUUUUCUGCUCUCCGCCGUCGACGGACCCAGAGUAUCUCCUCGGUAUCAGCCACCGGAACAGAGCAAGAUGCUGCUGAUCCAGAACGACGAAGCAAGCUUGUUGAUUCGAUUGUGGAGAUAUUCGCACCCAUUGUCAUCCGCUCGGAGAACGACGACAAACUCAAGGGCAAGGACAAGAAGGUCUUGGACGCGCGGAAGAAGAGAGUACUCGAGUCAUUCCUCGACAUGAGGCAACCUUAGGAGGGCGGCCAUGUGAUUCUUAAUUGUGAUCGGGGAAGUAUCGAAGUUGCUGUCUCGCAUACGCCAAAGAGAUGCCACUCCUUGCUACGUAGCACUCGCAGCCUGUCUAUGAUACGACUACAACGCGAGAGGAGAUCUACCGGGCAUUCCGUGCGACCUUGGCGUUCUGAUCAGGGCAUUGACCCCGGAGUGAAUAGAAUAGAUUCAGGACGUUCAUCAGUGGACUAUACCGUCCUACCUAAAUAGACAACUAAUAAUAAAGUGAUCUUGAAA